UGGUAUUGGUGAGGCCAGGUUUGGGAGUGGUGGAGGGAGAGGAUGGAAGGGAGAGGAGUGCAUUUGAGAGUUGUGUAUGAUGUUAUUAGGUGUUUGACGUAGACUGAUUGGGGUAAACGGUUGAAAAGAUAUCUUGUAUAUUUAUGAGUGCAUUCGUAAAGUUUCAUUCCGGCUAAUGCAGCUUCUGAUUCUAGUUGGGAUGCAUCUGAAGAGUGAAAGUUCAGGAAAUGAAACAAACACUCUGCCAUCUCUGUUGAAGGAGUUUGGGGGAUGUAUACAGAUACCAAUUGUUCAAGGGCUUCAAGAAUCUCUGAUGAACUGACCCUAGUAAAUCUCUUAUUUUUAAGCUUGUCGUUAUGAUAAAGAAACAGUUGAUGAAAGAACUUCUUCACAAUCCUCAAUGCCUUUCUGUUUUCAAUAUCUGGCCUUGAAGAGCCUUCGGUCUUCUUACAAGUCUUCUUCAUCACGUUUGGGAUACUUGGAUUCAAAGAAUUUUCAGAAAAUUUCUUAAUCUCCAUCCCUGAAGUGGACUCCUCUCCAAAUAAAUCAUCAGGAUGUGUAUCGGGAAGCAUCAUUUUCUCGUUAAUGUCUACCUUAUCCAAAGUCCAUUUUAUCGUUGGGAUAUGAAGAUUUUCCUCAUGCGACUUGUUGAUUUCUUUUAGAAAAUGGAGAAAUUCUUCAUCAGGAAUAUCGUUAAAAUUGCUCUAA